GUUCAAGAUGCACAGACAGGAAGUAGUGUAAGGUAAAGGCAGGAAGUGAUGUAGGUAGAGACAGGAAGUGAUGUUGACAUUGUAACAGGAAGUUCCGGGUGAAAGGUGAAUUGGAAGGACAUAAAGAGGAAACAUGGCUGAAACCGGUGGAGCAGAGGAGAGAUCAGAGUCUUGUAUGGAUCACACAAUCACAUCAGCGAGGAUGGAGGAGGACUCGAGUCGCAUGACCGAUAGGUUAAUGGACCUCACCCUGGAGAUCAUCUAUCUGCUGACCGGAGAGAGUUGUCCUCCAGUGAAGUCCGGUGACCAUCUAACCAUCAGAGUGCCUUCAUCUCACUCUUUGAAGCUCAAGAAGAACAAUCGCAAGAAGAUUCUAGAAGUCACCAAGAAGAUCGCUGAGCUGCUGACAGGAGAGGUUCCUAUAAGGUGUCAAGAUGUCACUGUCUAUUUCUCCAUGAAGGAAUGGAAGUAUUUAGAAGAACAUAAGGAUCUCUACAAGGACAUCAUGAUGGAGAAUCAGCCGCCCCUCACAUCACCGGAUGGAUCCAGUAAUGGGAACCCACCAGAGAGAUGUCCAAGUCCUCUGUAUUCCCGGGAUUCCACCCAGGAAGAUCACACCAUCUCCCACCAUCAUCGGGGAAAUGGAUCCAGUAUUAGAAACCCACCAGAGAGAUGUCCAAGUCCUCUGUAUUCCCGGGAUUCCACCCAGGAAGAUCACACCAUCUCCCACCAUCAUCAGGUAGAUGGAUCCAGUAAUGGGAACCCACCAGAGAGAUGUCCAAGUCCUCUGUAUUCCCGGGACUCCACACAAGAGGAUCACACCAUCACACAUAAGGGUAUAAACCAGAGCGAUCACAAUAAUGCUGUUAAAGAAGAGAUAAAAGAGGAGGAUGAUGAGGUUGGUGUGAUGGAGACGUUUUUAGAAGGACACAAAGAUCCCUUCAAGAGAUGUCCCCAACCUCUGUCCUCCCGGGAUUCCAAACAGGAAGAUCACACCAUCCCUCACCAUCAUCAGGGUGAAGAACGGAUUAAUAUAAAAGCUGAGGUUAAAGAGGAAGAAGUAGAGACGUAUGUGGGGGAUGAGCAGCCGUCCACGGAAGAGGUUGGGAUGAUUAUGAAAAGUGAAGAGGAUGCAAUUUCUUUACCUAUCAACACAAAUGGAUGUGAUGUGAGGAAUUCCUCGGAGAGACAUCUUCUAUUAUCUGCUGAUUGUAAGUCAGAAGAUAAUGUCGUCACACAGGAUCCUCCAGGAGAAAAUCCAAAUACACAAAAUAUACAUCACAGACCUUCCUGUCCGGAGACAUCAAUGGAUCCCUCUGAUCGGGGGGAAUCUUCUCAUCAAUCACAUACUAUGAUUACAAAUGUCUAUUUAAAAUCUUACACUGCAGAUAGAUCAACAGAUCCUUCUAAUCCCGAGGAAUUUUCCUCACCCCAUGAAGGAGCUCACCUAGGUGACAAUCUAUUCUCAUAUUUAGAGUGUGGGAAAUCUUUCACUGAAAACAAACACCUUCUCAAACACCAGAGUAUUCACACAGGUGAGCUUCUUUAUUUAUGCUCAGAGUGCGGGAGAUGUUUUACUGACAAAGGAAAGCUUCUUGUACACCAGAGAAUUCACACGGGUGAGCGUCCUUAUUCAUGUACGGAGUGCGGGAAAUGUUUUUCUCGGAAAGGAGACUUUGUUAGACACCAGAGAAUUCACAGGGGUGAGCGUCCUUAUUCAUGUGCAGUCUGCGGAAAAUCUUUCACUAAGAAAGAUCACCUUACUAGACACCAGAGAACUCACACGGGUGAGCGUCCUUAUUCAUGUUCAGAAUGCGGGAAAUUGUUCACUUAUAGAUCUCAACUUGUUAAACACCAGGUACUUCACACAGGUGAGCACCCUUAUUCGUGUACAGAGUGCGGGAAAUGUUUUUAUCAGAAAGGAGACUUUAUUAGACACCAGAGAAUUCACACGGGUGAGCAACCUUAUUCAUGUACAGAGUGCGGGAAAUCUUUUUAUCAGAAAGGAGACUUUAUUAGACACCAGAGAAUUCACACGGGUGAGCAACCUUAUUCAUGUACAGAGUGCGGGAAAUGUUUUUCUCGGCAAGGAGACUUUGUUAGACACCAGAGAAUUCACACAGGUGAGCGUCCUUAUUCAUGUUUAGUCUGCGGAAAAUCUUUCACUAAAAAGGAUAACCUUGUUAGACACCAGAGAAUUCACACGGGUGAGCGUCCUUAUUCAUGUUCACACUGUGGGAAAUUGUUCACUUAUAGAUCUCAACUUGUUAAACACCAGAUAAUUCACACAGGUGAGCACAUUUAUUCAUGUACAGAGUGCGCAAAAUGUUUUUCUCAGAAAGAAGACUUUGUUAGACACCAGAAAAUUCACAAAGGUGAGCGCCCUUAUUCAUGUACAGAGUGCGGGAAAGGAUUUUCUCGGAAAGGAGACUUUGUUAGACACCAGAGAAUUCACACGGGUGAGCGUCCUUAUUCAUGUUCAGUCUGCGGAAAAUCUUUCACUAAAAAAGAUCACCUUACUAGACACCAGAGAACUCACACGGGCGAGCGUCCUUAUUCAUGUUCAGAGUGCGGGAAAUUGUUCCCUUAUAGAUCUCAACUUGUUAAACACCAGAAAAUUCACACAGGUGAGCACCCUUAUUCAUGUACAGUGUGCGGGAAAUGUUUUUCUCAGAAAGAAAACUUAGUUAGACACCAGAGAAUUCACACAGGUGAGCGUCCUUAUUCAUGUUCAGACUGCGGGAAAUUCUUUACUAAGAAAGAUCACCUUGUUAGACACCAGAGAACUCACACGGGUGAUCGUCAUGAUUAUAUACAAAGUGCGGAAAAUCUUUCACGGAGCUAAAGCUACUUCUUACAAACCAAAGUCAUUAUGGAUUCAAUGUUGACUUCAGCAUCCAUCAGUCUUUUAUGCUUUAACCACUUAUGGACCAGCCGCCGUCGUUUAACAUCGGUACUUUGAUGUGGAAUACCGUUGUUAUGGCAGCAGAUAGGUGCCAUAACCUUGGUAUCCUCUUAAAUGUCAGGCGGUCCGAUUUCAGAUGAAAGGAUUUGCCGCAAAAUCACUUUUAUCAGCAGCGGGAGAGGUUCCCCCCGCCGUGCUUCGGUCAUCUCCUCCGCUUACUGGAGCCGUCAGUAGUGGCGGAGACGAUCGGUCCUCUCCCCUCACAAGGCCUGGAGUGAGGGAAAGAUGGCCCCCACUCGGCUCCAUAACAUUGGAUGACGGAAGCAACGUCAAAUGUCACUUCUGCCCA